UCGUUCACUCACGAGCCAACACUAGUCUCUUGGUGGGAGUCGCAAAGGGGGUUCGAAUAAAGAAAUGAAAAAGUAAACAAACCAAGUUCCGUCGCACGUUGAUGACGAAUACUGCGGGGAUUUCGUAACAUCAUGCGUCGAAGAAUGUAGUUGUAGUAAAAUCUCAUAGUGGUUAUUCGGCAGAUUUUGCAUGUCGAGCAUUACAUGGGUAGUUGCGUAAUUCUGUUAUUAACGCGCAUCAUAUUUUGAGCAUCUGAGCGUGUUACCUAUCUUAGCAUAGGAUUGUAGCUCAGUUGCAUUUCUCAAUAGUGUUGACAGACAGAUGUGUCAGAAGGGAGGCAGUUUUGCAAGGCACACAUUUGCCUCGCAUCAAGGUUGAACGUUGUCUCGAUACUGAGCGAGGUAACAACAGUUUCUUCAAGUAGAUCUCCGAAAGUCGAGGUGCUUGCGAGGCAUUCGCAAUAUGUUGAACAUUCCAACUCAGUCGUUCCCUGCGCCGAGUUCCCAGCAGCGGGUAGCUCGGCCCGGCCAGUCUGGGAGGAACAAGGUCGCCUUAAAACCAGGCCACAGUCUUAUGGACUGGAUCCGGUUCUCCAAAAGUGGAAAAGAUCUAACCGGGUUGAGGGGACGUCUGAUUGAAGUUACUCACGAAGAAUUGCAGAAACACAACACCAGGAAUGACUGCUGGACUUGUAUACGAGGUAUGGUAUAUAAUGUUACCUCUUAUAUGGACUACCACCCUGGAGGAGAAGAUGAGCUGAUGAAAGCAGCAGGCAUAGAUGGCACUGACCUUUUUGACCAGGUCCAUCGGUGGGUAAACUAUGAGUCCAUGUUGAAAGAGUGUCUGGUGGGCAGGAUGGCUAUGAAACCUACCACGGCAAUUAAAGCAAUGAUCCCACCACCACAAGCUGUCUUCACACCCUCUAACCAAGUGUCUCCUCUGCCUGUCAAAGACUCUCGACCUCGAUAUGACUGGUUCCAAACAGCAACAACAGUUCAUCUGGUUAUCUAUACCCAAAGAAAGAUCCCCAUUUCUGGGUGCACCGUUGUUGAUCUUGAGGAUGGCGUACUACGAGUAGAAGUACUGCUUGGGAAAAUGUCUUACAUGGUACAUUUACGUCUUUCAGAAAAUGUUGACGGAGACGUUGCUGUUCACACUGCCCUCUCCGUGGGAAAGAUCCAGGUGACCAUCCGCAAGCAGGCAGAAGGAAAAUGGUCAAGUUUUGGUCAGCCUCUGGAAUUCCACAAUACAGUUUUAAGCAAAAAAGACAGAGCCCCUUUCUUUCGGGAUUGUGUGUUGGUGUCGAAGACUGAGGUGAACCAUAACACGAAUGUGUUUCAAUUACAACUUCCACGUGGGACUGUCAUGCAUGUGCCUGUUGGCAAACACGUCUACCUCAAAUCCCUAAUUCAAGAUGCAGAGGUAGUGCGACCAUACACCCCAAUUGACCAGGUUCUUUCAAUUGGUCCCAAUACCUCCUCAGAAAAAACAGACCUCUACCUCAUGAUUAAGGUUUAUCCGGAUGGAGCACUGACUCAACAUCUCAACAGCUUACACGUAGGUGACCAUGUAUCUGUCAGCGGUCCAGAGGGUACCUUCAGUCUCCGCCCCCUUCGUGAUACCACAGUGCUUUACCUUUUAGCAGCAGGCACAGGCUUUACUCCAAUGUGUCGUCUCGUUCGAGUGGCCCUACAGGAGAUCAGCACUAUCAGGAAAAUCCAGUUGCUUUUUUUUAACCGACGAGAAGAGGACAUCCUGUGGCGAAGGGAACUGGAUGAGCUAACUGCUAAUGAUGAAAGAUUCCAGGUGGAGCACAUCCUCUCGGAGCCGUGUGAAAGUUGGACUGGCAAAAAAGGCCAUGUGGAUGACGCAAUAAUCAAGGAUGUUCUCGCAAGGCCAGAAGGGUCAAAGUGCUAUGUUUGUGUAUGUGGCCCCACUCUCUUCACAGAGCAGACAGUCAGGUUGCUGAAGCAGCAAGGCUUCAGUGAAGAGGAGAUCCACGCCUUCCAAGGCUGAUGUUCUCUGUUUCAAAGCUGCAAAGUACAUUCGAGUGGCAAUCAGACUUCAAGUCAACUCCUUGAAAGUAAAAGUCCAAACGGAGCUCCUGGAAUCGUCAAAUGAAAUUGAAAACCGCGAUUCAGUGCUAAAACUGCUGUGAUAUGAACUUUCACUGCCAGCUGCUUUCAGAGAAAUCAACUCCACUUUGUCAGCAAUUUUAGAGCAUUUUGACUGCCCUCCCUCCACAAGACCCAUAGAGUAUCGUUUUCUAUGAUCAUGAUGGGAAAAAGAAGUGCCAAAUUUCAUUCAUGAACCAGUUAAUUUUUUUUACUCCUCUAGAUGACACCCUCUUUUCAACAUUGGGCUGAAAGUACACCGACUUGCCAUUUCUUAAAUACCUUCAUUCAAGCCAAAAGUAUAAAAAUACCAAGAAAGUAACUUUGAGGCUUCAUUUUCCCAUCACUGAUAUACAUGUAAUUUACCAGAAGAAAGAAUGGACUGUCACCUGGAAGAAAUAGUUUCAUUCUUUCUUCUUUUGGUCAGGAAUAGACUUUGUUGGUUGACCUAAUAGACCUUAAACACACAGGGAGUUUGAUGGGUUUUUAUUUGUUGUUCUUUUCCUUUAGAGGCAACAGCUGACCAGUGGUUUGUUUCUGUAAAAUAUUCUCAGGGCAUUGACUUAUCACAACCGGACUGCUCUGUAUGCUGUAGAUGUUUCACCUUUCGUUCGAGUAAACUUCAUUGGUUCAUGCAUACAAUCUUGGCAACUGCACAAUGGACUGCACCGACCUAACUUGUAUAAUUGGGGGUCUGCGUCUAACUUGGAUAAAUAAGUUUUUCAAAGUGAAAUAGUGCUGCUCCUCAGAAAAAAAAAAGUAAGUUGGCUGUAACAAAUUUUGGUCCAACCAAUCAGAGGAUGGAGAAAUGCACAAGUCAUCCAAUGCAAAUUCUAGCAAAUUUGUGAAAUCAUAUUUGAAACUGAUCACAAUUUAAUUUUUUAGAAUUUAUCCUCACUAGGGUCACAUAUUUAUUACAGUAGUACUGUUACAAUAUGAUUCUGAAGACUCUGGGCAGAUUACAUUGACAUGGCAUAGUGUCACAGUCACAUACAGCACAAGAAACACACUGACUGAAUUGGAUAGACUGUUGGGAAUAAACAAUCAAACAAGUGUUAGAAUUUACAGUGCUUCUAAUGUUUAAGCAAGCAAAAAAGCCCUUACUGGUCCAGGCCACUCACUACUGUUGAAAAUCAUGUCCUUCCACUUAACAAUUACACUUGAGAUUUAAAGUAUUUUUAGCAUUCUAAUGUGAUAAAAUGUGAUCAUGUUGAAUGGGUAUGAAUUCUUGUAUAAUCCACAGUUUAUGUUACAUAAUGAAACGUGUGUCAAGUACAUGAAAAAGUUAAAGUAAAUGACGAAGACAUAAGAUACAAGUGAAUGCAAUUUGAACUAAGCAAGUACUGUAUGCAAGCGUAGCACUGGAUCCGUUGCAGUCAUGGAGAGUCUUAUGCUUGUUGACUUGAUUCUGAGGAAGAUAGACAUGUAACUGCUGUGGAAAAAAAUGCCAUGCUAUGUAACAGGCUGUACUGUCCCCCAUGUAAUUUAUUUUUAUAAAACUUGUUUAAAAAAUGA